UGAAUAGCCGCUGGUAAAACCGCAAACUUCUUUCCAAAAUUUGAAUUUUGCUUUCGAUUUCGAUUUUGAUUUUUCAAUUUUGACUUGCUUCUUCCAGACUUCCUAUUCUGUUAGAAUUUCGCUGACAUCACUGUAGGCUAGCAUCUCAAUUGACAUGUUUAGAACCGGUGCCAGACGUCUUCUCAGCUCUUCGACCAGGAUCCUCAACCAGUCCUCGGCUCCUCAAGCUAUCAAGGUCCAACAAAAGGGCUUUUUCGCCAAAACAUGGCGCUACACUAAGCUCACGACCCUUUUGGCUGUUGCUGGAUCUGUUGGUUUUGUCGGCUACAAGGUCUACAACGAAUCGCACCCUGCCGACCAAAUCAAGCAGGUUCCAGAAUUCGAAACCGGCCAGAAAAAGAAAACCUUGGUCAUCUUGGGUUCCGGCUGGGGCUCCAUCUCGUUGUUGAAGAACUUGGACACGACUUUGUACAAUGUCGUUGUUGUCUCUCCUAGAAACUACUUCCUUUUCACUCCAUUGUUACCUUCCUGCCCUACCGGUACUGUUGAAUUGAGAUCGAUUGUCGAACCAGUCAGAUCCAUUACCAGAAGAUCACCCGGUGAAGUCAUCUAUUUGGAAGCUGAAGCCACUUCUAUUGAUCCAGUCAACAACAGAGUCACUAUUAAGCAAUCUACAACCGUUCACUCCGGCCACUCCGGUAAAGACACCUCGUCGUCGAAGUCUACUGUUGCGGACUACACUGGAAUUGAUGAAAUCACCACCUCAUUGAGCUAUGAUUACUUGGUUGUCGGUGUCGGUGCCCAACCCUCGACUUUUGGAAUCCCAGGUGUUGCUGAAAACUCCGUUUUCUUGAAAGAAGUCUCUGACUCUGUUACCAUCAGAAAGAGAUUGAUGGAUGUCAUUGAAGCUGCCAACAUUUUGCCUAAGGGUGACUCUGAGAGAAAGAGAUUAUUGUCAAUUGUCGUUUGUGGUGGUGGUCCAACUGGUGUUGAAGUUGCCGGUGAAUUGCAGGACUACAUCGACCAGGACUUGAAGAAAUGGAUGCCUGAAGUAGCUGACGAAUUGAAGGUUACCUUGGUUGAAGCUUUGCCAAACGUAUUGAACAUGUUCAACGCUAAGUUGGUUGAGUACACCAAGGAAGUAUUUGCUGAAACCAACAUCAUCUUGAGAACUAACACUAUGGUCAAGAAGGUGAGCGACAAGAACGUUCAUGCUUCGCACAAAUUGAAGGACGGAUCCACUGAAAGCGUAGAAAUCCCAUAUGGUCUCUUGAUCUGGGCUACUGGUAACGCACCUAGAGACAUCACCCGUGACUUGAUAUCUAAGGUCGACGAACAGAAGAACGCCAGAAGAGGAUUGUUGGUUGACGAAAGAAUGUUACUUGAUGGUACCGACAACAUCUUUGCUCUUGGUGACUGUACCUUUACCAAAUACGCUCCUACUGCCCAAGUCGCUUUCCAGGAAGGUAUCUUUUUGGCUAAGCACUUUGCCAAAUUGCACGAACUCGAGUCCCUCAAGUACACCUUAGCCAACCCUAAGCCUACUGACAACACCGAUAGAUUGACCAAGAAGUUGACCAAGUUGGAACAAAAGUUGCCUGUCUUCCAGUACAAUCACCAGGGUUCCUUAGCUUACAUUGGUUCUGAAAGAGCCGUCGCUGACUUGGUGUGGGGUGACUGGUCAAACAUCACCUCUGGUGGUUCUUUCACCUACUUGUUCUGGAGAUCGGCUUACAUCUACAUGUGUCUUUCUGUCAAGAACCAGAUCUUGGUCUGUUUCGAUUGGGUCAAGGUCUCUUUGUUCGGCAGAGACUGUUCCAAGGAAUAGACGCUCACUCUCCUCCCCUUUUCAUUUCCUAUAGCCCUAUUACAACUAUGUAUAUUUAGGUUCACUAAUAUUAUUUAUUCGUUAUUCAAUCUACUCAAUACAUAAAGAAGAAUAAGAAUCCUAGACUGUU